AUGGCGGCGCUGCCGGCAGGGGGACCUGGCCGCAGAGGUGCGGCGUCCGUCUGGGCCACCAGGGAAGACAAGCUCCAUCUGCCUGCAGCCGAGGAUGAAGUCAUGGCUGCUGUGAGGUGGCCUGAGCCCUCCCAGCAGGCAGGCGCCCAGCGGGGAUCUCCCCACGUGGCCUGGUCUGACUACCCCAAGGAGCCCGGCCCCCGGGGGAAGGCCUGUAGCCUCCUGGUGUGGUUGACAGAUGAGGAGGCCAAGGAUGGGGACAGCUCGGUGUCAUCGGGCCGCCUCUCCGGCUCCUCGGGGGGCCAUGAGUCAUGCACACCUCCCCACGGGACCUGGAAGGAGAGGACCCCCCAGGUGCUGGGGCCCCCGCAGCAACCCAGGGAGAGCACUCCCCGGCUGGAGCAGCUGAGGGACAAGAUCCGGGCCCAGGCACGGCGGCAGGCGAGCCGCACCUCCCUGGGCACCUCGGCAUCCGCCAGCACCUCAUAUCUCUACAAAGCCCCCACGCCAGCCCCCCGGAGGAAGGCCCGAAAGCCGACAAACCCCGCUCCAGCCCUGGCCUACCCAGGCUCAUGCAUCCUGAGUGGGGCUGAAAGUGGAGUCGAAGACAAGGCAACACCUGGCCAGGGGCGUGAGGCCUCCAGGGUCUCCCAGCGGCAGGCCUCAGCUCCACGGGAAAAAACCAAAAGGAUGAAAAGUAGUUCUUGCAAAAGAGAGAAGACCCCCAAGCUGCCCGCCGCUAGGAGAGCUGCCAAAGACACAGGCCGACGGUUCCAGCAGGAGGAGUACCUGUCCUCCUUCUCUGGCUGGAGGUGGGCCCUGAGUGAGGUGGGGACGUGUCGGGAAAACCUCCACUGGAACCAGAAUUCUGAGUUGGCUGGUGUUUACGCUUGGAGAAAAGGACAAGCUCUGGUGAGGGUGCUGCUUGGGCCCCCUCCUUCCCUCCCUAGGCUUCAGAGCAAGGGACCCUCAAGAGACUGGGCCCCCACCGCGGAAUUAGGACACAGCAAGCAGCUUGGAGCUGGUGAGAGCCCCCCUGUCCGCCCCCGGAUGCCUAGAUCCACCUCUGUCCGCAGCGACCCGCAGGUGUCAGCCAGCGCUCCCCACCUGGCUUCCUGCCAGCAGCCCGUGACCGUCCAGGCUGCUAUGGCCGUCCUUCGAGACCUCCGCCAGCAAAUCCAGGCCAGGCUGGAGCUGGCCCAGGACCGCCACCCAAGGCGAGGGCUGGAGCUGCGGGACCUGGCGGGGAGGAGGUGGCAGAGCCCCUGGAAGCCCCCAGACUCGCGGGGCUCCUGGAAGAGCCCUCGGGCCGUGACGGAGGGGGUGCCUGCCUCUGAGGGGGCUGGGAGCCUGCCCACGGCGCCGAGCUGGAGCACCUUGGCCAGGUGGGAGUCCUGUCCACAGAGGACCUGGGCGGCCCAAGGACGAGAUCCCUCCUUCCAGGGGCCCGGGAGCCCCACGGAAAGGCUGAACUCCUUCCCUCAGCGGCCCUGGAGUGCCUCGGCCAGGCGGGCCUCCUGUCCACAGAAGACCUGGGCAGCUCAAGGACGGGACCGCUCCUUCCAGAGGCCCGGGAGCCCCCCUGAAAGAUGGGGCCCCUUCCUGCAGCGGCCCUGGAGCACCUCGUCUGGGCAGGCCUGGGGUCUGCAGAGGGCCUGGACCGCUUGUGAAGACCGGCAGGCCCCUGCCCGAAGGCCAUGGAGCCCUCUGGAAAAGCCGAGCCCUCCCACCUGGCGGCCCUGGAGCGCCGCCUUCACGCAGGGGGCCGGCCCCCUGUGCCAGGGCAGGGGUCCACUUCUGACCCCCUCGGGGGAGAAGCUCGCCUGGCCAAGGCCCAGCCAGGAUGCCCUUUGGAACAUCCCUGGGAAGGAGAAUGAGGUGCGACCCCCGCCGCCCUGCCCGAAGCCCCGAGGGCCCCUGGGCCCCCUCCACGGCUCCGAGUCCCUGGGGGAGUUCAUGCGCCAGAAGACGGCAGCCUGGCGGCAGCAGGCCCUAAAGAAAAAGGCCUCCGCCACGCAAGCACUGGAGCUCAGAAACCAGAGGCUGCAGGGCGUCUACAGGAAGCAGAGGGAGGCCGUCCCUGUGGUCUCCCAGACGACGCCCGGCAUCGUGACCUUCGUCCCGCAUUCUGCACAGUCCAGGGGCCUGGAAGCCGCCGGAGCGCCUGUGCUGCAGUGGAGCAGGGUGACUUCCGGCAUGGUGCUGGGGGACCAGGAGGCCCCGGGCAGCUUCUGCCUGUGUUUGAACAGAGCCUUGAACCCGGCUGAGACUCUGGAGGUGGGAGGCCCCCGAGAUGGCUGGGAGGGCGCCCCCCUGCUGACAUCGGCCAGUUCUUCCCUGGGCCCCCUGCAACUCCAGGACCUGACCACCCACUACCCAAGCCCGAGGCUGUGCAUCUACCUGGACCCCGAGGAGUCCGAGUGCCUGGGCACGCCGGGCCCCCUGCACUUCCGGUACAAGCAGGCCCGGCUGCAGGCCCUGGAGACCAUGGCCAACAUCCUGAAGCAGCGAAUCGACGUCCUCACCGACAGGCUGCGCAGGUCCGAGGCGACAGACGCACCGGGGGGGCCCGUCCCGGGCCCGCCGCCCUUGAGCUCCAGCACGCCAGCCUGCCCCGGAGCCCUGGUGCCCAACAUGGGCGGAGGGGCACCCUGGGACUGGGCGGGCAUGCGGGCCAGGCCGCUUCUCUCUACCACCUGCUUCCCGGACACUGAGGCGCUGCCCGGGAGCCCUGGCUGGGAACGGCCGCAGAGCGUGAGCCCAAGGGGCCACCAGGCCAGCAAGCCCCAAGGUUCCGUGGAGGAUGGGCGCUCGGAGCUGGACAAGAGGCUGGCGAGAAACGUGGCUUCCUUCCAGGCCCUGAGCCCCUUCGCAGGCAGGAACCCACCCCUGACCAUCGGAGCCCGCGGUCAGUGCUCCUGCCCCAGCAUCCUGGGGUCAUCCCAGGAUCAGCCCCUGGGCCCAGCCCUCGCCUCCUCAGCAUCUCUCGUCUGGGCCCAGGGCCGCUCCCUCUUCCUGGAACAGUCUUUUCACGCCACCUCCCCGGCAGGACUAGCAGCUGCUUUGCAGGAGCAGACCCAGGGCAGGCGAGGGCUUUCGGGCAAAGGGCGCUCUGAUGCUGGCCCCAGCAUCGAUGGUGACCGUGGACGCCGAGCGCUCCUGCUGGGCGCUGGUCCCCCCGGGUCCGACUCACUCGGGGCGCCAGCCACGCCAGACCCCCGCUGCAGCUCCCUGCGGCUGGAAGAGACGCGGUCAGCCGGACGGGCGGGCUUGGUCGCGCCCUGGACCCUCCGGAGCUGUGCUGAGGAGGCUGGCCCAGGGCCCCAGGGCUGGUGCACAGCCAGGGCCGGGGGGGCGGUGCUCCCGCUUCGUGCCCUCCUGGGCUCGGGCCUUCUUCGUGGCAGCAGGCUGGGCCUCAGCCCCAGCGUGUGCGGAGUGGGGCAUGGGCUGGACUGUGGGAUGCCCUGUCCAGAGAAUCGGGCACUGCAGGUGCGUUCGGAACAAAGCCCCAACCCCUGCCCCGCUCAGGAGCAGCCCCAGAUAAAACCUGCACCUCUGUACGGGGCCGGCUGGAGUCGCCCAUCUCACAAGGGGGACAGUGAGGCGUGUGGGGGUGGGCAGGCGAUGCCCAGUGUGGCGGCAGGGAGGUGGUACAGCGCCUCGGGGGACAGGCAGCCCCGCCUGGAUGCCAUGAAGGCCCAGGGCCCGAUCUUCCAGAAAAAACAGCUGCUCUCCCAGUUCUGCCUGCAGGGAGGCGGGGAGGUGGCUGGACAACGGGCCCUCAGCUCUCAGUCCCACCUGCGUCUGCUGUCCGACAUCCGGCAGAAGUCCCUGAGCUUUCUGGAGUCCCUGAAGCUAGACGAGCGGAAGCAGGAGCCGGGCUGGUGGAGCUGGAGGUCUGGGAGACGCAGGAGGCCCUGGGGAGCUGCUCUUGAGACGUGCGUGGGCUGCAAGUCAGCCGCUGACCCUUCCGGGGCUGCCACAGGCUGGCCCUGCUCCCUGCCAAGCCUGUGGAAGGCUGGCGGCGAGCACGGCUCAGAGCCUGUGCAGGAACGGAAACCAGACCAGAGCCCCUCCCAGCUGUCCCUGGCCAGGCUCCACCCUUGGGACAACCCCAUCCUCCAGAGGAACCAGACGAGGCCUCAGAGCCCGGCGCCCGCACGGUUCAGCCACUUCACGCUCCAAAUGCUGGAGCAGAGCCUGCGGGAAGAGGAGCUGCGCGCGCAGCACCAGGCCGCGCUGCUGCGCCUGCGCGAGAAGGCGCUCGAAGAGAAGACGCGCGCCGAGCUGGCCUGGCUGGAGCAUCGGCGAGGGUAUCUGAAUAGCACCGGCAGCUAUGCAGCGCUGGUGGCCUCGGCGGAGAAGCAGCACCAGGCCCUCAGCAACCUUGAGCGGGAGCUGAGGGAGAUCCGGUACCUGCGGAACGUCCACCUGUUCUGCCACCAAGAGAGGAAGCUUCUCCUGCAGCAUCAGAAGGACGUCCCCUCCUCGCAGAGGCCCACGGCCCUCUUGCGGCAGGAGCUUCAGGCCCGGAGCAGGCUGCCUCAGAGUUCCAGCCCCGACGUCAAGGCCGCUCGGGAGGAGGGCCCUGGGACAAGCCAGCAGCCGGAGGGGCCUGCCCAGUCCUCCUCGCGCCCCCCGCGCCCCCCGACACCGCACAGGCCUGGCAGCCCUGGCAGCCACUGCCCCCGGAGGAGCCCCGAGAACCCGCAAGUCCCGCACCUACUCAUCAAGCAGGAGGUCAGGACACCCCCCUGGGCAGCUUCGGCUGAGGACGGUCACCUGCAGCCUCCGAGGCUGGCGUGGGGAGAGGACACACCCGUGGGCAGCGGCCGGCCUGACGUUGGAGGCCAGCUGGCGGAGAGCCACGGCCACAUGGGCCAAGGAGACGCCCGGACCAAGCCCAGCCCCCAGCCAGCAGGGGAGAAGACCCGGGCUCCGACAGGAAGCCGAGCAUCAGACUUCCAGGGCCAGAGCCGACACUCACCAAGCGCAGGGGGUCCCCUCAGUCCCCGGGAAGCCAGUUGUUUCCACCAGGUGGUUGAAGGCAGCGGGAGCCGAGCUGGGCCGGAACUGGGGUUGGGCUUUGCCAGCAGCCCCGUGGAGGAGCCCGUCACCGUGGAAAGCUGCUCAGGGGAGCAGAGGUGUGAGGCCUGGCGGGCUGCUCGGGCUGCAGCCAAGGUGGUAGCACCCCCCGCCCAGCACGAGGGCGGCGCCCUGGCCCAGCUCACGGAACCCUUGGACCUGGGCUCCCAGUCUGAGUCUGCUCCCAGCACUUGCUCGGGGACUUCGGGGUCUUCGGGGUCUUCGGCACGGUCCCCCACCCCCCGCUCAGGGAGCAGCCCGUCCUGUCCCUCCCUCCAGGAGUUUCAGAAAGCAUCCGCCAUCCUGGUCCAGCUCUCCGAGAGCUCCGUCUCCUUGUCGGAUGGGGAAGCCGGGGACACCCCGGGCGCAGACCUCAGCCGGUCUGGGGGGCUCUCUGCUGGAGGCUCCUGGGGGUUCCACUGGGGCGGAGGGCCGGAGACCUGGGAGGGGCUGAAGGGCAGCGGGGCCCUUUCCCUGCGGGGCUCCUGCGCUGGGGCGGGCGGCCCGGAGCCAGCAGGGGGGCUCCCCAACACCCCGUCUCCGCGGUCGGGCUCAGAGCUGCCCGAGGCAUCCAGCGAGGUCUGGGACCCGGAGGGCCUGAGGGAGCCUGGUGCCGGUGCUGGACUAGCCCCAGGGUGCUGCUUGCCCACAGGGGGCUCAUCCCACCUGGAACACGCUGGGGGGCCCCUUGUCCUGCCUCCCUUCUUGGGCCCAGGGGAGGGGCAGGAAGAUUCUGGAACCAGUGGGAGCCCGACUAGUGGUUCAAACGCAGGAAAAACCAAAGGGAGGUCCCCAGAGGCUGCCAACCCGACAUUCCCAUCCCAAACCUCUUCCUCUGGUGACUUACACGUGUCCCUUUCCUUUCCUUCGGGGACCUCGGCCUCUGAAGGGGCAGAGUUCGGCCAAAGAGGAGAGAUGGGGCCUCCACAGGCCUCAGCUGGCUGCCCGGAGGGACCCUGGGGUGCCUUCCCGAGUCCAUCCACUGACGGGAAACCCCUACAGGCCCCAUCUGAGCCUGAGGUCCCGGGGAGCCCACGGGCUCCUCCUGGGGCCCCCGGUGGGCCGGCAGCCCUGACAGCCGAGAGCCGGGCACCUGGGUGUGGGGAGAGCAGAGCCCCCUCUGUCCUGGAGGAAGCCUGCCCUCCCUUGGCCAGAGGGGUCUUGACUGAGAUCCUGUCCCCCAUCUGUGAGGUGCUGUCCUACGGCAGAGCUGACCUCCCGUCCUCCACCCAGUGGGACACCCGCCUCCCUCCUCCGCUUCCCAUCCUCCCAGCAGACGGUGAGGCCGACCCUGCCAGGGCCCACUCAGAAGACUUCCCUUCCCCGCCGGAAGAUGCCGAGUGUCCUGGGGGCUCGUGGGGCACCCCAGGGGAAGACGCCCCUAUCAUCACGGGAGAGCUGCCCUCCUUGUCUGAGGAGGGCCCGCCUGAGCCACUGUCCCCGGGGCCCCAGGAGGCGGGGGUCUGCCUGGGGGUGGCCAGACAGGGCAGAAGCCUUGGGGACGAAUUGGGUGAAUCCACUUCUGUUGGGAGGGACCAGGCCAUGGGUGACCGGUGGUCUGAACCACUCAGCUGGCUAGGGUCCCCCUUGUGUGGGAGCACAGGUGAUGCCCCGGGGGGGCUCCCAAGGCUGUCAGCACAGCCCCCAACCCUAUCCAGAGUGGCCUGUGUGGCUGGGGACAGUCUGGCAGCUGGGGACCCAGGGCUGUCCGGCUCUAGGCGGGGGGACCCAGCUCCGGGUUUGGGCUCAGGCCUCCGUGCUGACCUCCCGGGUGUGGAGAGAGACAAGGUGGUGGAUCUGGUCUCCACCCAGCUCACCAGAAGGAUCCUGUGCGACACGCUGGCCGAGCUCUCAGAGGUGGCCCCGCCAGGCAGCCUGGCAGCGGAGGGGCCAGCGGGUGCCAGUUGUAUCGCCUGGGCUCACACAGCGGCCACUGGGCAGUCGUGGGCAAGACAGGACUUCUGA